AUGAAACAUUACGAAGGAGUCGCGCUUAUUACUGGAGCCGGCAGUGAGCUCGGUCAAGCUGUCGUUCAAGCCUUUGUGAGUGCUGGAUGCACGAACAUCGUGCUCGCAGAUACAUCUUUGCUGGCCAUCGAAGGAGUCAGGGACCAUUUCUCCUCUGGUACAGACUCGGGACUCCCCAAGUUGGAUUUGAGGCUAGUCGAAUAUGAUUCGGAAGACUCCAAUGGGGCUGAAAAUAUGGUGAAGGAGGCCCGCGAAUCCUUUGGCUCGAUAAACUACUGCGUCAAUUGUAGCACCACGAGUCUUGCUGCUGCUCCAAUACCUACAGCGGAGAUGGAUGCGGCAAUGUUCAAGGCUGGGUUGACGGCAACUUCAAGAGCGCUUUGGCUCUGCUGUAGAGCACAGCUGCGGACACUGCUCUCUCAGCAUGGAACCAGAAGUUCCAUCACCAAUAUAGUGCCUUACGGAAACCUAGGCACCCAUCCAGGUCACGCUCUACUCGCAGCAGCUGGAUAUGGCGGUGUCGGUAUGUCCAAGUCGAUGGCUCGAGAUCAUGUCAAUUCCAACGUGCGAGUCAAUGUCGUAGCCCCGGCGGUGAUUGCAAGCACCGAGAAUGCAAUAGCAGAGUCUGAAUUACAGCGGCACAUGAAGAUACCUGGUCGAACGAUUGAAUCUGCUGAGGUAGCAAAUGCCGCUGUGUUCCUCGCUGGCGAGGGCGCCUCCGGCAUUACCGGUGUGGUACUUCCAGUGGACGCUGGCUGGUCGAUGAUACAUGGCUAA